CACACAACACACUCUCAUCUUCUCUCUCCAAACUUGUUAGGGUUUUUCUUAUUUUCUUUCACAAUGGAGAAACUACUUGGUGGACAAACAAGGAAUGGAGCGUCAAAGACCAAGAUCGUCUGCACACUUGGACCAUCGUCUAGGUCUGUCGAGAUGAUUGAGAAGCUUCUUAGAGCCGGUAUGAACGUAGCCCGGUUCAAUUUCUCCCAUGGUUCUCACGAGUACCAUCAAGAAACCCUAGAUAAUCUUAGAACCGCCGUACUAAACACCGGUAUCCUCUGCGCCGUCAUGCUCGACACAAAGGGUCCUGAGAUACGAACCGGGUUUCUUAAAGAAGGCAAACCGAUAGAACUAAUCCAAGGUCAAGAGAUAACAAUCUCAAUCGACUACACUAUAAAAGGAGACUCAAACGUUAUCUCGAUGAGCUACAAGAGACUUGCGGAGGAUGUCAAGCCUGGUCACGAGAUCCUCUGUUCUGACGGCUCGAUCUCUCUAAAGGUCUUGUCAUGUGACACGAAUCUCGGUCUUGUCCGCUGCCGGUGCGAGAACUCUGCCGUUCUUGGAGAAAGAAAGAACGUUAACCUCCCUGGGAUUGUAGUUGAUCUCCCGACACUCACAGAGAAAGACAAAGAGGAUAUACUUCAAUGGGGAGUUCCUAACAAGAUCAACAUCAUUGCUCUUUCCUUUGUUCGUAAAGGAUCUGACCUAGAUGAGGUCAGAGAGUUGCUUGGAGUGCACGCAAAGAGCAUCAUGCUUAUGUCAAAGGUUGAGAAUCAAGAAGGAGUGGCUAAUGUAGAUGAGAUUAUGGAGAAGACUGAUGCGUUCAUGGUGGCUAGAGGAGACUUAGGGAUGGAGAUUCCGACGUGGAAGAUAUUUAGAGCUCAGAAGAAGAUGAUCGAGAAGGCAAAUGCACUCGGGAAACCAAUCGUCACAGCGACACAGAUGCUCGAGUCGAUGACCAAAGCUCCUCGUCCGACAAGAGCCGAAGCCACCGACGUGGCCAACGCUGUCCUAGACGGCACAGACUGCGUCAUGCUCAGCGGCGAAACAGCCGCGGGAGCUCACCCCGAGGCUGCCGUGAAGACCAUGUCGAUGAUCUGCAAAGAGGCGGAGGAGUAUCUAGAUUACGAAGCUGUGCAGAAGAAGAUCGAAGAAGCCGUUCCCUUACCGCUGUCCACGAUAGAGUGCGAAGCUGCUUCGGUUGUUUCCACGGCGAGGAAGCUGAGCGCGAAGGCGAUCGUGGUGGUCACUAAGGGUGGAUACACGGCGGGGCUUGUGGCGAAGUACAGGCCGAGAGUUCCUAUUCUGACGGUGGUUGACCAGGAGUGUUCUGAGGCGGCGGCUAGUGUGGCGAGUCGUGGUUUGGUUUACCGUGGGAUCGUUCCGGUGAUAGCGACGGGAGCUUCCACGGAGGAGAAGAUUAGAUUCGCGGUGGAAUUUGCAAAGAAGAAGGAAAUGUGUAACGCUGGAGACUUGGUGGUCACGUUUCGCAUGAUCGAUGGUUCCUCUGUCGUGGAGACUCGAUUGGUUGAAUGAGCGCCUUUUGCGACUAUAUGUAAUAAUUUUAAAGUUUUAGGUUUUUGCGGGGUUAAAAUUAAUUUCGACAUUUUUGGAUUUAGACAAUACUUCUGAAUAAUUGAUAAUAUCUACACUAUUUCGAAUU